AUGACAAUAUUAUUAUCUGUGCACCGCCAAGUCGCUAACUGAUUGUAUAAAUUAUAAACAUUAGGAAUUCAGUACCGCGCCCGCGAUCUGCGUUGGCGCACGUCUGCCAGUGCCACGCUACGUCUAUUUUUUUUAAAAUGUCUUUGAAGUUAUUAUUGUUAUUGACGAUCGUAGGUUUCGUGGCUGCUCAGGGCCCUAAUCCUACGAUCAGAGUGGCUCACGGGCUUCUGCAGGGAUCAUGGAAGGUGUCCACAAAAGGCAGAUCCUACGCCAGCUUCCAAGGAGUACCAUAUGCAAGGCCACCGAUUGGAAAGUAUAGAUUUAGGGAGCCCCAACAGUUGAAGCCAUGGCUUGGAGUGUGGGACGCCACCAGGCCACUCCCCGGGUGUCUACAGUACGACCCCUUCGUGAAGAAGAUCACAGGUAGCGAGAACUGCUUGUAUGUGAACGUGUACACUCCGAAGAUGAACCCUGGCGCCAAUCUCCCAGUUCUCGUCUUCAUCCACGGAGGAGCCUUCAUGUAUGGUGAAGGAGCUAUAUACGACCCUAUCCACCUUAUGGACUGGGACAUGGUGGUGGUUACCUUGAACUACCGACUUGGACCUCUAGGUUUCUUAAGCACAGGCGAUGAGGUCGCUCCAGGAAAUAUGGGGCUAAAGGACCAGUCGUAUGCUCUGCACUGGAUCAAGAACAACAUCCUCAUGUUCGGAGGCAACCCUGACAGCAUCACUCUGACCGGCUGUUCUGCUGGAGGAGCCAGCGUCCACUAUCAUUACCUGUCACCGUUGUCCAGAGGAACCUUUAACAGAGGUAUAGCAUUCAGUGGAUCUGCCCUCACCGAGUGGACCCACUCCAUCAAGCCAGCUGAGAAGGCGAAGGCCCUGUCUUCCAUCGUCGGUUGCCCCACCAAUAACAAUAAGGAAAUGAUGGACUGCCUCAAGUAUAGGCCGGCUGAAGCCAUCGUCAACGCACAGAUUGAUAUGUUUGAAUGGAAAGUGCACAUGUUCACGCCGUUCAGCCCAGUGGUGGAGCCCCGAGGAGUUCGGGAGCCGUUCCUGCAGCAGUACCCGUACCACGCUACAAGAUCUGGCCAGAUGAUGAACGUGCCACUCAUCACUUCUGUGACGUCUGAGGAGGGAUUGUACCCGGGUGCCGCAUACCAAGAGACACCAGAUCUAUUGGCGGACCUGGAAGCUCACUGGAACCAGCUGGCUGCUAACAUCUUCGAGUACAAUGACACCCUACCGCUUAACCAACGUGACGAAGUUGCCAUAAAGAUCAAGCAGCACUACUUGGGAGGCAAGCCAGUUAGCCAGGAGACAUACCCACAGCUGAUCCAGGCUCUAAGUGACCGUCUCUUCGUAGCCGAUGUAGGCAAGACGGCGCAGCUCCACGCUGCCAAGUCUGGACAGCCGACAUACGUGUACCGGUACGCUUUCCGAGGCACCUCCAGUCUUUCCAAUUUGAUGGCACACAACGACAAAAAUUACGGUGUGAGCCACGGAGACGACGUGCUAAGCAUCUUCAGUUUCCCUGGAAUGACACAGAGCGAACACGACACAGCCAUGAUUGAAGCUCUCAUCAAUAUGAUUUACAGCUACUCCACAACCGGAACUCCCAAGUUGAUCAACGGUGGACCUGUAUGGGAACCUGUGAAGCCUGGUUCCCCUGAAUUGAACUACUUGGAUAUCCUGUCGCCGACCAAAAUGGAAAUGAAGUCGUCAUCAGAUUUUGGACAGAAAGCGUUCUGGGACAGCCUAGGGUUUAAUGAGAAUGAAAAUUACCGCGAAUAUCUCAGGGACGAACUCUAAGAAAGUAAAAAUGUUUUUAAUUUACCUUAAGUGUAUGUUUAAGAAAUUUUUCGUCCUUUUUUUACUCCGAUUAAAUUUUUUGAUUGAUUGUGUUCACGAACGAAAAUAAAAG